AUGACUGAUGAUGUUAUUGUUUCAAAUUUAUUUGGUUUAUUUUUAGGUUUCCGUCAUCCAGUACAAUCAACUGUUGUUCGUACAACUCGUGUUCUUUCUACUCUUCUUAGUAUUACCGCAAAAUCUGAAUCACAUGAUAAAUUUAAAGUAACACCAACAUCUAUACCAUAUUUAGCAGCAUUAGUUAGUGUUGUUGAAGAAGUUCGUACUCGAUGUCCAAUUAAAAAUCGAUCGAAUAUAUUUCCAACAGCAACGACUACAAAUACUUUACCUUCAUCAAAUUAUACAACAUCAGUUGUUAAUCCUUUAUCACAUUUACCACAAUCACAUUCAAGUACAUCUAUUGCUGAUAUAGCUGGUUCAACGUCACUUAAUGUUCAACAAGGAAUUUUUACUCGACGAUUAAAAUCUUGGGAUUCAUCUUAUUUAGAUAAAACAAGAAAAGUCAGUGCAGUAUCAACAAUUAAUAGUUCACGUUUAUUGUCUAUACCACCACAUGCACGAUAUUAUCAAUCAAUUGAUAUUGAAAAUGCAAUACCACGUAUUUUAACUAAACCAGCUUCAACACUUGUUCAAUUACAACAAGUUAAACAAUCUGUACCAGCUAUUGCUGUUACACCACAAAUUUUACCUGAAACACAGCAAACAUCUGAAACAAGCUGUGAAACAAAUCUAUUAUUAGAUCCAGAUAUAUUAAUAGAUACAUCAACACAAGCACUUUUAUUAACUGUAUUAGCAACACUUGUACGUAAUACAUCCGAUGAAAAUGAAAUGAGAAUAUUAUAUGAAUAUUUAUCGGAAUCAAGUAUUGUAUUUCCAAAAGUAUUUCCAGUUAUACAUAAUUUAUUAGAUGCAAAAAUAAAUUCUGUUCUUUCAUUAUCACAUGAUGAAUCAAUCUUAGCAUCAGUUCAAUCGAUAAUAUAUCAAAUGAUUGCUUGCUCAGCUGGUGAUGAUGCAAGUCAACAACAACAACAACUUAGCUAUUUACAAUCAUGUGGUUUUGGAGGUUUAUGGCGUUUUGCUGGACCAUUUACUGUAUCAAGACAAAAUCCUGAUAAUGUUGAAUUAUUUGUUAAUUGGUUAGAAGCAAUGGUUGAGACAUGUUUACCAUCAUUAGAUGAACAUGAAGAUGAUUCAGGUAAUAGUGGAGUUGGAAGUGGAUUAACUGGAAAUAAUGGUACACGACAUACAUCAUUACACCAUCAUCAUACAUUUCGACAUCAUCAUCAUUAUUCAGCUUCAUCAGCAGCAGCUUGUCUUAAUGCCAAUUUAUCUUCAUCAAUGUCAAGUGUUUCAAUAGAUUCAAUUCGUUCACCAAUUGAUCGUGAUACACAAUUUUUUGAUUUAAACGAUCUUAAUCGACCAACACAAUCUCAAUCACAAAGUGAAAAUUAUGAAAGAUCUCGUAUAACGCAAAAACCCAAUCUCAUUUAA